GCCUGGAGGUGGCCAGUCGUGAAGAAGCAACUGGUGGCGAAUGUCCAAGUUGCCUCCGCUCCGUCACAUUUCCGUUUUUCACUCUGUGUGCCAAAUUGGGUUCAAUUGAAUUAACGAGCCGAAGGAUUGUGCGCGCAGCAUCCCUUACUGGGUGGACAAUUAAUAAACUAAAAAUCUUUGUGAUUUUUAAGGGUGAAGAAUUUGCAAUUUUUUGUUCCUUCUUGUGGUGCCUUCUCCCUUAAAAAAAAAGUGCAUUUUGAAAAGUUUUCUGUGUAAGCGCGAGCGCGCGCCUUGAAGAACAUUCAUCCUCAAUAGGAGUUAAUGAGAUAAAUCAUUUUAAUAUAAAUCCUCCAUUAGUGCUCCAUUGCGCAACCAUCCGGCAUUCUCUACCCAUUCUCGGGAUAUUUUUUCUCCUCCUCAUUUUGCACCAUUUUAUCCACCAACGAAAAAAGAAAGAAUUUUAGUGAAUAAAGUGCGUCGCAUAAUAUUCCAUUCCUGUGAUCCUCGUUGAUCUCCACUCCACACACACAAGAAAAAAGCUCUGUGAUCCGGCUUUAGGAGAAAACAAGAAAGGAAAAUGGGUGAAGAAAUUGCCACAAAUACGGACACAAAGUCCACAAAUACGAAAUUUGAUAAAUUCUGCCAACGCCAUGGGAUCAAUUCCAAUCUCAUCAUGCUCAAGAUCACCCUCUUCGUCAUGUACGGAGCCACCUCAUCCCUCCUGCCGUACCUCACGAUCCACAUGCAGAGCAUCGGCUUAACCGUUGAGGAGAUUGCGAUAAUUUACCUGGCUCUGCCAUUCACCACCUUCCUCAGUCCGCCCAUUACUGGAUUCCUCGUGGAUAAAUUUGGAAAGUAUAAGCCCGUUGUAGUCAUGAGUCUCCUCCUCAAUGCCAUCUUCCAUCACUCCUUGAUGCUCAUCCCGCAGCAGGAGAUCCCCGGAAUUAUGCCAGCUGCUUAUGUAAUGCGUCAUCCACAGACGGGAAACAUUGAGGUGUGGUGGUCACCAUGCCCUAGCCGUGAAUGUCCUGAAGAGGAAGAGAUUGAUAUUGUUGUGGAUCAAUGUUUGGAUCAUUGUAUUCUUCUUGAGCAGAAUCCUCGCAUUGAAAUCCUUCCACGUCCCACCAAUUCCCCAGUUCGCGUUGAUGAUGGUGAUCCCGUUGAUGAUCUCAAUUUCCAUCUUAGCAAGAAGAAAUCCAAUGGCGUAAGCACACAGAGAUCCUCCACUGUACUUAGCACCGAAGAAGUCACCACGCCGCUCUAUACGACUAUUUCAUCAUCCACAGAAGGUAGCAAUGAGACACUGGAUGAAGCAGAUGAUGAGAUGAUUCUGAGAGACAGCUCAGCAUUCUUCCUGCUUGACAUGCAUCCCGAUCUGGGUGAUCCCAUUGAGCAAUUGGGAAUGGAAGUUGAGCAAGAUGACAAUGACACAGUGACGGGAUUCAAGCAUCGCUUCGGUGAGAAACUCCUGUGGGAUUCGGGUGUUAAUGUAACAGCCCUCGAGGAGGAAGAUCUUCGCUGUGGUGGACUUGUGAUUGAUUCCAACAUGUCCAGUACGUACAAUUUGCGUCUCAGUGAACUAGCAGCUGAUUGCAUGGUGCAAAAGUGCAACUUUCGCCACGGUGGCCCCGAAAUCUGUCCACCAGACUACAAGGAGAGCGAUGACACCGUCUUCUGGAUCUACUUCCUGCUACGUUUUCUCGCCACAACGAUGCUUUCUGCCGGGGUCACCAUCAUGGAUCCCAUUGCAUUGACAAUGAUUGAGAAGUACGGGGGAGAUUUUGGACGUGAGAGGCUCUUCUCCAGCAUUGGGAUGGCCAUCUUUUCUCCCAUUACGGGCAUUCUCAUUGACUACACAUCCCGUGGUUUGGGCUACACCGACUACUCUGCUGCCUUCUACACGUACGAUCUCCUUCUGACCAUUUCCACCAUCACCGUACUCCUCAUGCCGCUCGGAGAGAAACUCCCAGCUGACAAUGUUUUCCGGGAUUUGUGGAAUCUCCUCAAACUUCCGCACGUUAUGAUCUUCAUCAUCUUCCUCUUUAUGCUCGGCAACUACUGGGGCUUCAUUGAGAGCUUCCUCUUUCUGUACCUGAAGGAACUUGGUGCUCCCAACUACCUUCUAGGAAUUACAAUCACUGUGGGUACCGUCAGUAGUAUACCCUUCCUCUAUGGUGCUGAGAGGAUCACAAAAUGGUUUGGUCAUGUUAAUCUCAUCAUUGUGGCUUUCUUCUCGCACGCUUGCCGUCUUGUUGGGUAUUCUUUCAUUGAGAACGCCUGGUGGUGCUUCCCCUUUGAAGCAAUGGAAGCUCUUUCGUGCCACCUCAUGUGGGUCGCAGCAGCCACAUAUUGCGCCAUUAUUUCCCCAAAGAAUCUCCUGGCUACACUCAUUGGUGUCCUGGGAAUGGCUCACUUCUCCCUCGGGCGUGGCAGUGGAUCCUUCUUCGGUGGUCUCCUCAUUGGUCACGUUGGUACACGCGAUGCCUUCCGCUACAUGGGCUUAAUGGCUGUUGUUGGUGGCAUCAUCUAUGGGCUAUUGCACUUGAUAUGGUUGCGUAAGUUUGACCAGCAGGAGCACCUCAAGGAGGAUUGCGAAGAGAAUGGCGAGAGCGAGAAACUCACGGAGCCCAAAACAAAGGAUCAGGGCACAACAAUGUCUCAGGAGCGUCUAUCGCUGAUGAUUAAAUUCAAUCAAAUUGGCAGCCUCACAUCCCUACCGCGUGGCUCAAAGAUGGACCUCCCGGAUUCCCUUUCGCAUCGUCGCAGUAGCUACAACAUUGAAUUCGUAAAAGCCCCCAAAAGUGGUGGUAGUGCCUCAAAGGUGGACCUUCUGAAAUCCGCAUUGGAAAUUAAUCACAGAUCAUCCAAUAUCUCCGUGCCAAAUCGCAAGAAUAACACAUCAAAUCAAUCACUGAACCGAAAACGUGCCGAUAGUGCACCCAAACUUAAUCCCAACAACUCCAAAUCAACCCUCAACAAUUCUGGAAAUAUCGAUCAGGAGGUAAUCCCGGAAGAGAGCGAUAGCCAGAGGAGGACACUCUUUGCUCCUGGAAAUACAAGUAUCGCCGAAGAAAGCCUCAGCGAGGUCAUCGUGCCCAAUUCCAACGUGUGUUGUACUUGCAAUCGGAAAACUUAACCCAAAAUCCCACGAAUAUAUGGGAUGAGCCCUCCCCCGCAAAAAAAAAAAAAUAUUAAAUUAUUUUUUUAAUUAUAGACAAUUUAUCUAUAAAAUAUUACGCGAAGAAUGUUGUGUAAAUUGUUAAUUGCUCUACAAAAAAAUAAAGGUGGUGAGUUUAGGA